GACUUUUCUUCUUGACUCUUGUAUUCUUUAUCUUUUUCUUCAUAAAAUAAAAUUAGAAAAGUGAGGUUAUAAAAUUUAUUAUGGAUUUAUUGAUCAAAAAUUAAUUAAUUUUCCGCACAAGGCAAGCCGAGAUGUUCAGAAAUAAGUUAUUUCGUAUUUUUAGAAAUGCUUGUCGCUUAAACAGCAGAGAAGUCGUUGUAAAAAUACGAAAUAUAGCACCUGUUACAUUGGGAUUAAUAACCACUGUUUCUUGCGAAGAAAUAACACACAAAGUUGGUUUAAAUUGGGAUCCAGAUAGUCUGGAACAUGAGUUUUUAAUCCGACAAGCCACAACCGUGAGUGUAAAUGCGGCCACGCAACUUCUUACUGUAACAUUAGUGGCUGUCCAAGACACUAGCGAAAGGUUACGGGAAGCCUUGGCUAAAGAAAUAUGCCUGGUUAAGCAAGCACUUGAGUGGGGAGACAAUGGCACUCCUCCACACCACUGGGACCAGUUAGUAGCAGUCAGAGGUUCUCUGUGUGACCUUAACCACAAUUUAAGGACACUUUUUAGUUACAUGGAUUAUGCUGAAAAGCUAGCCACCACAGCAGCUGAAAUAUCAUAUCUGUCUGGAAAUAUAGCUGCCUCUGAUGCCAUAUGUGAAAGGAUUGACCAUGCAUGCAGGGCGUGCAACGCUCAGAAGCAAUUAACUCACGAGCUGCAGCAAGAGAGCUUGGAGCUUCAGCAGCAGGCCAUUCUCAACGCGCCGCAUCUCGAGGAGAAACUGAAAGCGACAGAUGAUGUUAAGCAAACUAUUAUAAAAUAAAAAUAAAAUUACAGUUUAAGGUUUAAAUGAUAAAUUAUUGUAUAUAGCAGACGUGUGACUAAUAAAGAUCUUCAUUAAUUUAUGAGCUA